AUGGCGGACAAGAAAGACGACAACCCUGACUCCUCUCGAGUAUCGGGUACAUCAGGCACCGACUACGCGAUGGGUUCGUCGAUACCUCCCAUACGAUCAACCGCCUCAGUGCGGAGAGGCUACGGUAAGAUUUACUUAUUUCGGGUAACCCCGAGCAAAACGAACACUUAUGCUGAUUGGGAAUGGGGAACAGGUACCCUCGAUGCAUACCCCUUCGAAUCGUCGGCGGAAGUCCGCCGCGACGAAUCUACCCAGGAGGAUUUUUCGAGCCGCGCGUUUACCUCCUCGUCUACGGCCCCUGACCGGCCUCGAAAGCCAUCUGUCACCCGUCGCAUGUCUUCGAAACGACAAGUGCCUCACAAGGGCCAGGAGUUUUCAACGGACGAUGAUGUCAAAGAAGUCGAGGAAGACUUUGCCUUCCAGCAGCCAUCGCCGAGGAUCCGUCCCUUGCGUGCCCAGAGCUCUACGUUGCGUCGGCGUCCCAGCGCUCGUCCCAGCGCUAUGACCAGAGACGACUCCGACAACUUGAGUCUGGAUGAGACCAUCUUGCCUGACUCGAACUUGAAUGCGGCUGACGACGCCCCAUCUAUCAGACAGGCUGAUGGGGGUAGUGAAAUUGAGGGUGGAGAUGAAUCGCAUGUGUCCGAUGAUGAAGGAGCACACAGUGAUGCAGAGAGCUUUACGCUCAAAGACCGCCAGCAAGCCAUCAACGAGACCCAUCCUUUCGGUAUCAGGAUCUGGAAGCCGGCUCUGUACAAGAAGAGCCGCUCGGUGGAGAAAACCGCCGAGGGUGAUAUUCACUCGUCUCCUGGCGGUCGUGUCAACCCCGUUCUCUUCCUGAUAAACCUUCUAUGGUCAGUGCUCUUUGGAUGGUGGCUUGCCCUGGCUGCCUUGCUCGCUGCGGUUGCAUGCUUUUUCUGCGCUUUUUCUCCCAGCGCCGUCGCGUAUGGGAGGGUCUUUGCUGGGCUCUCGCGCUAUUUGCUCUACCCGUUUGGCUCCUUUGUUCUUCUGGAGACCGAGGAUCUCUAUGCGGAAGAAGAUGAAGGAGAAGGACGCAGUAUCAGUGAGUACGAGCAAUGGCAAAACGGCGACUUGGAACAUGGGCGGCUCUUCUUUGGACCUCGCAGAGACCGAUCUCUCGUUGGACGGCGGCGCAACAGUGUUGAUUCCGCCGGCGAGCAGGACAGUCUGCUCGGCCGGCCCCAGCGUGGACAACGUGAAGACUCGCAGCUCAAUCCCUCCAAGCGCCGAUUAUUUGGCCGUGGAGAAUGGACCCUCGGUCGAGUCGUGUUCUUCGUCUUUUUCUACUUCCUGGUGGGACCCUUGAUGCUCAUAGUCUCCCUGGUUUGCUGGCUUCUUGUCUUUUGGAUCCCAAUGGGCCGUGUGACCACCAUCCUGGUGAGCCAUCUGCGGCGCCAUCCUCUGGCCUUGUCCUUCCACUCCGACACAUCAUAUUCCAGACGCGCCACGGGUACAUCCUCGCCUUCCAUCCUCCUGUGCACCUAUCGAGCUGCAGGAACGCGCUACUGGAAGUACACGAUUGACGGUACCAACGUCUUUUUCAUUAACCUGCUCGCUCUUGUUGUCUUUGUGAUUUUUGACUAUUAUGUGCUGGACAAGUUCCUGGGUAUUGACUCCUGGUUGACUCACCCCGGACUUAUUUUCACCCUCUCCCUAUUUUCCAUUAUCCCUCUCGCCUAUUUCAUCGGCCAAGCUGUGGCAUCUAUCUCGGCCCAGUCGUCAAUGGGCCUGGGCGCCGCAAUCAACGCCUUUUUCUCCACCAUCGUAGAAGUGUAUCUCUAUUGUGUUGCCCUGACUGAAGGCAAGUCCCAGCUUGUGGAGGGAAGUAUCAUCGGCAGUAUCUUCGCGGGCAUCCUCUUCUUGCCCGGAUUGUCCAUGUGCUUUGGCGCCAUUAAGCGCAAGACACAGCGAUUCAACGUGAAGUCUGCCGGUGUGACGUCGACCAUGUUGUUGUUUGCCAUGAUUGCACUCUUUGGUCCUACUCUUUUCUACCAGGUCUAUGGCAGUCACGAGCUGAACUGCCAUGCAUGCAUUCGGGAAUUCGACCCGGAAAGUCGUGACUGCCGUCGAUGCUACUUCUCUCAAUCCGCAGCGGUCCAUGAUACGUUCUUUGAAGUAGCGGUCCAACCCUACGCCUGGUUCUGUGCCGUCUUCCUAUUCCUAUCCUACAUCAUCGGUCUCUGGUUCACCCUCCGCACUCAUGCCGCCCUAAUCUGGGCUACCGAGAACGAGGAGAAAGAGAAGAAGGCUGCCCAGCAAGCGCAGGAUUCGUUUACUUUCGAGCCAAGACACUUGCUCUUCCCGACCGGGGCCCCAGAGGCUUCAGGCGCAAUAUCCAGCCACAAAGACUCCAUUCGCGAGUCCCAACUCUACAAGCGGAUCCUCGGCCAAUCGCUGAGGCAAGUUGGCUUGGAAGACAACAGCGGCUCCAACUGGGAGCAGGCGGUAUGCGGCUCGGCAACGGACAAAAAGGCCAGCAUCCCUCACCUCGUUCCUCCGCGAUCUAGUGGCGACGAAAGUCGUCAUUUGUCAAAGGCCAUGCGCGAGGAUAAUGAACGUCUUGUGCGCCAAGUCACCGAAUUGGCCGCCACGGCGGCUGCGGUGGCUGCUCGCGAUGCGACUCGGAGUCGCAAGUACUCAACUCAACAAAGUGCCAGUGUGCGCCAGGCUGGCCGCGCGCACGCAGACCAACCUAAGCCUCCUGUUGAGGAGCACGAGGAUGUUGGAAUUGUUGCCGAGCCUGCGCACGGUGCCGGUGGUCAUGACGCUCCUAACUGGAGCAAGGCGAAGAGUUCCAUCAUCCUGCUAAGUGCCACUCUUCUUUAUGCAAUUAUUGCGGAGAUACUGGUCAACACGGUUGAUGUGGUGUUGGAGAGUGUGGAUAUUGAUGAAAAAUUCCUCGGUAUUACUCUAUUUGCCCUGGUGCCGAACACAACCGAGUUCCUGAACGCCAUCUCGUUCGCAAUGAAUGGCAAUAUUGCCCUGUCCAUGGAAAUUGGUUCAGCCUAUGCACUCCAGGUUUGUUUGUUGCAAGUUCCGGCUGUGGUCCUCUUCAGCGCCUUCUACACCCGCUCCAUUGACCCCGCUGAACUUGUGAGCCACUCCUUCAACUUGAUCUUCCCGCAGUGGGACAUGAUCACCGUCAUCCUGUGCGUCUUCCUGCUGUCCUACGUCUACGGCGAAGGCAAGAGCAACUACUUCAAAGGAUCUGUCCUCGUCCUGACCUAUCUGGUCGUCGUGAUUGGCUUCUACCUGUCGGGCUACAGCAACAUGGACUUUCUCGGCGUGGAUCGCUUCGACACUCUUGCCCUGGGCACCAGCCAGCCGGAGAAAUUCCACACUAUCGGGCGCUCGCGCUCCGGUGCGGCCUUUUAG